AUGUUCAUAACAAUCAUGGCGGAGAAUGAAACUCUGGAUUGUAUAACGGAGCACGAGCGGAUUUUGCAGGAAAUUGAGAGUACAGACACUGCGUGUGUCGGCCCUACUCUCCGGUCUAUUUAUGAUGACCAGCCUAAUGCCCAUAGACGCUUCAUGGAAAAGCUGGAUGCCAGGAUAAGGAACCAUGAUCGUGAGAUUGAAAAGAUGUGCAAUUUCCACCAUCAAGGCUUUGUGGAUGCAAUCACGGAGCUUCUUAAAGUCCGUGCUGAUGCUGAGAAACUUAUGGUAGCUGUGAUCAUGGCCGCUGUCUUUGUUUUUGGCCCUCCUGCUAUGAUACUGUGGCCUUUGCUGGAGAUGUACAGCAAACUGAAGGAGCAGCUGGAAUCCAAAAGAUAUUAUGCUGCUCUGAAAACCAUGGAGCAGCUGGAGAAGAUCUAUAUUCCCAGGGUCAGUCACUAUAGGUUCUGUCAGAUCAUGGCUGAAAACCUGCCCAGGCUGAGAGAGGAAAUAAAAGAGAUUUCCAUGUCGGACCUCAAGGACUUUCUGGAGAGUAUCCGCAAGCACUCAAACAAAGUUGGGGAGACAGCAAUGAGACAGGCACAGCAGCACCGGACAUUUAACAGUGUAGUAGCAAAGCAGGAGAGCGGGGGCCACUACACCAAACCUCUGUACUCCCUGAAUGGAAGGACCAAUACUCACAUUCCCAACGGCCUGCUGAUGGAUGACCCUGGAGAUGAAGAGGAAGCUGAUGAAGAGGUCCUUACAGCUCAGGACCUGGUGGACUUCUCGCCUGUUUAUCGGUGUCUACAUAUUUACACAGUGCUUGGCGACCGAGAAACAUUUGAGAACUACUACAGGAAACAGAGAAAAAAACAGGCCCGGCUGGUACUGCAGCCACAGGCCAACAUGCAUGAGACGGUGGAAGGCUACAGAACAUACUUCAAUCAGAUCGUAGGGUUUUUUGUUGUGGAGGACCAUAUCCUCCAUGCCACGAAGGGCCUGGUGACCAGAGCCUACACGGAUGAACUGUGGAACAUGGCCUUAUCCAAGAUCAUUGCUGUGCUGCGCACACACUCAUCAUAUUGUGAGGACCCAGACCUGGUUUUGGAGCUGAAAAACAUGAUAGUUAUCUUCGCUGACACAUUACAGGGUUAUGGAUUCCCAGUCAACCGACUCUUUGACUUGCUGUUCGAGGUCAGAGACCAGUACAAUGAGACCCUGCUGAAGAAAUGGGCCCUGGUUUUCAGGGAGAUCUUUGAGCUGGACAACUACAGUCCCAUCCCGGUGGAAACGGAGGAGGAGUAUAAGCUGGUGGUCAGCCGCUUUCCCUUUCACGACGCCGAGGUUGAAAAGCAGGACUUUCCCAAGAAGCUGCCUAUGUCCCAGUCUGUCCCUCAGAUCUAUUCCCAGGUCAAAGAGUUCAUUUAUGCUAGCCUCAAGUUCUCAGAGUCCCUGCAUCGCAGUUCAACAGAAAUUGACGAUAUGUUGAGAAAAUCAACCAACCUGCUACUAACAAGAACUCUGAGCAGCUGUCUUCAAAACCUGAUAAAAAAACCUCACAUAGGACUGACAGAGCUGGUGCAGAUUAUCAUUAACACCACCCACCUGGAGCAGGCCUGCAGAUAUCUGGAGGAGUUCAUAACGAAUAUCACCAACGUCUCUCCAGAGACAGUCCACACCACAAGGCUCUAUGGCCUGUCCACAUUUAAGGAUGCUCGGCAUGCUGCAGAGGGAGAGAUUUACACCAAACUGAACCAGAAGAUUGACGAGUUCAUCCAGCUGGCAGACUAUGAAUGGGGCAUGGCUGAGUCAGAUGGACGAGCCUCCGGAUACCUGAUGGACCUCAUCAACUUCCUGCGCUCCACUUUCCAGGUCUUCACGCACCUUCCAAGUAACAACAAUGACCAUGCAUCAAUGUCGGGCAAGGUGGCACAGACAGCUUGCAUGUCUGCCUGUAAGCAUCUCUCCACAUCCCUGAUGCAGAUGCUGCUGGACACAGAGCUCAAACAGAUCAGUAUGGGGGCCAUUCAGCAGUUCAACCUGGAUGUCAUUCAGUGUGAAUUGUUUGCCAGCUCAGAGCCAGUUCCUGGUUUCCAAGGAGACACGCUCCAGCUGGCCUUCAUUGAUCUGCGACAGCUCCUGGACCUCUUCAUGGUCUGGGACUGGUCCACCUACCUAGCAGACUAUGGCCAGCCAAACUCUAAAUACCUGAGGGUGAAUCCAGCCACGGCCCUGGCUCUACUGGAAAAGAUGAAAGACACCAGCAAGAAGAACAACAUCUUUUCCCAGUUCAGGAAGAAUGACAGAGACAAGCAGAAGCUGAUUGAGACUGUGGUCAAACAGCUGCGGAGCCUGGUCAACGGCAUGUCCUCCUAAACACACACACGGACCUGCACGUGUGGGUGUGAGUGUGUGUGUGU